AUGCAUAACUUUAGGUCAUUUUGGCGAAGACGUGGACUAAAGUUUCCUGGGAGUGUCAGCAUCGUUCCCAACAAUUCAUCGUCAGCUAUCUCGUCUGCUGAAGGCAAAGUGGUUGUUGGUGCCCGCUACAACUAUACUAGUCUUGUAACUAGCCAACCCUACCACCCACAACAACAACAACAACAGCAACAUCACCAACAACAUAAUAAUUCAACUGCGCCUAUGCUACCUUCUCAAUACCCACCGUCAUCACACACACUAUCAUUUUCUCCCAAAAAGAAGAAAAAAUCUCGCGAAGUCAUGUCAACCGCUGCAUCAUCGUCCCUUCACCAGCGUUCUACGCCUUCACCACACAAAUCCUUUGAUGCGUUUUUGAAGGAUACGAACGAUGAAUGGAGUGACGAACUUGGGUAUGACAGCUUACCAAAAGGUGGCAUUACUGGCUCACCAGCAUUACAUCCGCCUUCUUCAACGCCACAGGAACGAAAAGGGACGUCGCCAUUGUCCAUCGAACCGGAUACUGCCCAUGAUCUUGUAAAAACAAAAAAGUUCAAGGAUAUUCUCUCACAAGCAAAUGUAGAUUUAGGUAUUGGGAAGGGAAGACCUUUAACAUAUGGCUAUUUACCGUGCAACUCGGCAAGACGAGUGACAGCAUUAGCACAAAAGCGGAAAGAAUACGCAGAUAGUGUAGCUGCGUCCUAUGCCCGGGGUACAGCAGGCUUGGAUCAAGCACUGUGGCACCAAAUUCAUAUUGAUAUCCCCCGCACUAAUCCAGGUGUUCCGUUGUACCAAUACGAGGCUACACAACUGUGUUUAGAGCGCAUUUUAUACCAAUGGGCAAUCAGGCAUCCGGCAAGCGGAUAUGUUCAAGGCAUCAAUGACUUGGUAACCCCCAUAUUUGAGGUCUUCCUGUCUGCCUAUAUCGAUGACGAUCCUGAGGAGUAUGACGUGAGCCAAUUGGACCCAGCAGUUUUAUCUGUGAUAGAAGCCGAUAGCUUCUGGUGUCUGUCGAAAUUGCUGGAUGGCAUACAAGAUAAUUACACAUUUGCACAGCCAGGUAUCCAACGACAAGUGGCAACUCUUAAAGAUUUGGUGUCCCGAAUUGACGCUCGUCUUGCAAGCCACCUGCAGCAAGAAGGUAUUCAAUUCAUCCAGUUUGCCUUCCGCUGGAUGAACUGUCUGUUGAUGCGUGAAAUGCCACUGAGGAGCACAGUGCGGAUGUGGGAUACGUAUCUUGCCGAAGGGUCGUCUGAAGGAUUCUCGGAAUUCCAUGUUUAUGUAUGUGCGGCUUUCCUGGUUAAAUGGUCGGAGCAGCUGCAGACGCAGGACUUUCAGGGCAUCAUGAUUUUUCUUCAACAACUGCCGACACAGGACUGGAACGAGCAGGAUGUCGAACUGCUUCUGUCUGAAGCUUACAUGUGGAAGACCUUGUUCCAUAAUGCGCCUAGUCAUCUCAAAUGA